AUGAUUGAAUUUUGUCGCCAUUAUUAUUAUGGAAAUGAAAAACAAUUAAAAUUUAUUCGUGAGUUUGAGCAUGACUAUAAAUCAAGUAUGGCUAUUAGAUGGUAUACAAAAGAGACAUUUCUGUAUAAAACCAUCAACAAAGCAUUAAGAACUGAAGACAUUGAACAAUUACAUACAUUUCGAUUUUUUAUUGCUGAUCUAUCAUUGAAUCUUGCUGCUGAAUAUGAAAAAUUAAUAAAAAAAGGUGAAAAAAUCAUUAUGCUGUAUUGUGGACUACAAAUCGAAAGAAAAGAACUUAAAACUUUAAAACAAAAUGAAGGUAGUCUAAUUUCAACAAAUGGUUUUCUAUCAACAAGUCGUUCAAAAAAGCAAGCACUUAAGUUCGCUACAAGAUCGACCAAACGUACAGAUGUUGUUGCCGUUCUGUACGAAAUUGAAUGUAAUACAGAACAAACAGACUCAAUCAUUUUUGCUGAUAUUGCAAAAUUUAGUGAUUAUCCAGAUGAAGAAGAAGUUUUAUUCGAUCUUGGGACAACAUUUGAAAUAGUUUCUGUCAAGGAAGAUGAAAAAUUAAAUCUAUGUUUAAUUAAACUAAGAGCUAAUGAUAAAGGAUCUAAAGUAGCUAAAGAACAUAUUGAAUUAAAUAGAAAAGAUGAAGAAGAAACUAGUGUUGAACUCAUAUUUGGCAAAUUAUUAAUUGAUAUGGGACAAUAUGAUCAAUCAUUAAAAUACUUUCAAAGUUUGUUGUUACAUGAUCAUACACAAAAGGAUGAUAUCGCAAAAAUUAAUAAUUUAGUUGGAUCGACGUAUUAUAAUAAAGGUGAUCUUGAAAAGGCACUUGAAUAUUAUAAACUAGCUUAUAAUUUAAUGAUGAAUGAUAAACCAAUACGAAUAAAAGAUUCAGCGAGACCCUUAGCAAAUAUAGGUCUUAUUUAUCACCGAAAAGGUCAAUACGAUCGUGCACUUGAAUUAUAUUCGACAUCUAUACAAAUAUUUGAAACAUACUGUGGAAAAGAAAAUAUAAAAACAACAAAAACACUUACGAAUAUUGGUAAUAUAUAUACAGAAACUCGAAAAUACAAGCGUGCAUUACAAUAUUAUGAAAAGGUGCUAAAAAUUCAACAAAAAUGCUUGCCAUCCGACCAUAUUGAGACUGCUAUGAUAUUGAACAAUAUUGCAGUCGUAUAUCAAAAAUUGAAUUAUCUUGAUUGUGCCAUUGAAUAUUAUCAACAAUCAUUAAAUAUGAAACAAAAAAUACUUCCACCUGAUCAUAAAGAUAUUGCUGUUACAAGAAAUAAUGUUGCAAAGAUAAAUGAAAGAAAACAACAUCUUCAGCAUGCAAUCAAUGCCGUACCCAUACCAAAAGCCAGAGCUCGAAAUAUGCUUCAAUACAGUCCAACGAACUCUGCCAUUGAGAGUGAUAAGCUUCACUAUCCAGUCAGUCGAGAAGACAGUCCUGAGCUUCACUUUGAAUUACAAUACUGUUGUAAGAUGGAAGAACGUCCUGAGCUUGACUAUGCACCGUUAGGAUUUCUCUCUAAAAGUCCUGAGCUUGACUACGAAGUGGAAGAAUAUGGCACAAACGAUGAAGAUAGUGCUGAACUUUAUUAUACAACGUCAUCAAGUCCACGUCAUAAAGUUUCUGAGAAGUCCAAUACAUCAUCAGUAAGGCCUAGUCGUUAUAGUCCUGAACUGCAAUACGCAGAAUGUAUGAAUUAUAAACCCGGGCUCUCAAUUUUUUAUCAAAACCAACGGUUGCCAGCGGUUCUAAAGAAAACCGACGGCUGA